AUGCACAAUUCAAGUCAUCAACCGACAUUUCAGGAAGAAUGGAAAGAAUUUUUUGAACAACGAGUAAAUUUGAAACCAAUACAGAAAGGUUGUUUAAAUGGUAAGCUUCGCGGUUCGCAUGUUCGAUCUAUUAUUUGGAGGAUUCUACUUCGUUGUUUACCUCUUGAACGAGAAGAGUGGUGCACGAUUCUAUCGCGAACCCGUAAUUCAUAUGAUAAAUUGAAAUCUGAGUUAUUGAUGAAUCCGCGCGAGCAAACAUCGGGUUUGGAUCCAAACGUCAAUAAUCCGUUGUCACUUGGCGAUGAGAAUCCGUGGCAACAAUAUUUCAGUGAUUGCAAGCUACGUGAAUGUAUAAAUCGUGACGUAGAACGAACAUUUCCAGAAUUAGAAUAUUUCAAAGACGAGAAUGUGCGAACGAUUAUGUCAGAUAUCCUCUUCAUAUAUGCGAAACAGCAUUCGGAUAUUUCCUAUAGACAAGGCAUGCAUGAAAUACUUGCAACGCUAAUUUUUGUAUUAAAUUAUGAUCAACAAGCAUUUGCUCAUCUCAUGGAACAAAAUGGAUUGAAAGAAUUACCGCCAGAAGAAUUAAAAAUUUUAUGCGUUGUCAAUAAUCAGGAUUUUCUUGAACACGACUCUUUUGAAAUAUUCACUCAAUUAAUGAUGAUGCUGGAACGAUGGUACUUGGCGGGUGAUGAGGAGUAUGUCGAAUGUGCCAAUCGUACUUCGGAAAGUAAUGGCAAAUUAGACUAUUCUGUGCCAUUUGUUAGUCCAGAUGAUACUUCUGCUGACUCAAGAAAUGAAUUAAUUAUUAAGCUUCGAAGUAUUAUGAAUGAUAUAUUGGCAGUAAUUGAUCCUGCAAUGCAUCAGCAUCUUUCGAAAUUGAAGAUUUUACCGCAAAUUUAUGGAAUUCGCUGGUUACGAUUAUUGUUUGGUCGCGAAUUUCCUAUUCACGAUCUGUUAUUUGUAUGGGAUGCUAUAUUCGCUUUCAGACCGCCGUUAGCUUUGGUGGACUAUAUUUUUGUCGCGAUGCUCGAAUACAUUAGACAUUUAAUUAUCAAUGAAGAUUACAGCACAACAUUGCAAUAUUUAAUGCGUUAUCCACCAGUAGCUGAUGCACAUUCCUUAAUUCAAUACGCUUUGCAUAUCAAAUCACCCAAAAAGUUUGAAGUACCACACAUUCUUAAUGUUACAAAUUUCGAAAAUAUAACAAUUGAUGGAAUGGUACAUCCAAAUCGAACCAGGGAUGUUGUUGGAACGAAAGCUGUUGUAGAAAAAUCAAAGCAAACAAAUUUAGCAAAAUUCUCAUCAUCAGGAAUGACAGUUUAUAAUGUUGGUGAAAGACGACAACACGGUGAUACUACUAAAUCAUUCGUUGCUAAAAUUGUGGAUACGUUUUCAGAUCGAAACAUGGUUGAAAGAGGACUGAUUCGUCCACAAAUAAAUUACAGCACAGGUGGCCAUGUCAAUAUGAAGGCUUCAGAUGAGGUAAUCGAGCUUUUGCAAGAGCAAGUGUCGUGUUUGCAGUCAAGAUUGAAUGAUAUGGAUAUGAUAGCUAGUAUAGUAAAGCAGAGGAUUAAUCUCGUGAUCGAUGAGCAACUGCCGAAAAUAAUUGGUAAUGACGAUUUAAAGGAACUAAUAGGGAAAGAGUUACGUUGCAUCCAGUCCCAGAUUGAGAAUUAUGUACGGUCAGAUGCUAAUCAGGCAGAAAUGACAGUUUCCGCAAGAUAUACAAGGGAUGCAAGAAGAGUUGUACAUGAUACUGCUGUGAGGAGUGAUACUAUCGAAGUUGGCAGUGAAGUAUAUGCUUCGACAGUUCGACCAUUCCAUAAUAGUACCGGUUCUCCUCCGAUGCUACGGCCUCAAACUUCUCGAUUAGACACUGAAAUGCGUGAAAUAAGACCUCAUUCUGUUGUUCAGUAA